AGAAUUAUGUCAAAAGAAAUAUGAUAAUCCAAAUUUAAAAGGUGUAGAGUUGGCCAAAACAUAUGGAAUAACUAAGUAUCAAAGAAAGUCGGAUUAUCCUAAUAUUGAAGAAGCAUUGUCUAUUUGGGUCAAACAAGCAAUUAGAAAUGAGUUUACUCUCACAGGCCAUCUUCUUCAAGCCAAAGCUAAAGAAUUUGCCACUUUAUUUGAAAUUACUAG